ACAAUGACGAGUACAAGCAAAAGACGUGUUUCCUAUUUUUACAAUCCCGAUGUGGGAAAUUUCCACUAUGGUCCGGGUCAUCCAAUGAAGCCACAUCGCUUAUCGGUGACACACAGUUUGGUCAUGAAUUAUGGGUUACACAAGAAAAUGAAAAUAUAUCGGCCCUACAAAGCCAGCGCCCAAGAUAUGUUAAGAUUCCACAGUGAGGAAUACAUUGAAUUCUUACAACAGGUUACCCCUCAAAACAUACACUGCAAUUCUGUCGGCUACACAAAGUAUUUGUCGCAUUUUAGUGUGGGCGAAGAUUGUCCCGUGUUUGAUGGUCUCUUCGAAUUCUGUUCAAUGUACACAGGGGCAUCCUUAGAAGGUGCACAGAAACUUAAUCACAAUCAUAGUGACAUUUGCAUCAACUGGUCGGGCGGUUUACAUCAUGCCAAGAAAUUUGAAGCCUCUGGAUUUUGUUAUGUCAACGAUAUCGUAAUAGGAAUAUUAGAACUAUUGAAAUACAAUCCACGUGUUCUUUAUAUAGACAUUGAUGUACAUCAUGGUGACGGAGUACAGGAGGCAUUCUAUCUCACCGAUCGUGUAAUGACAGCAUCAUUCCAUAAAUAUGGCAAUUACUUUUUCCCGGGAACGGGCGAUAUGUACGAAAUUGGUGCCGAAUCGGGACGUUAUUAUAGUGUUAAUGUCCCGCUUAAGGAGGGCAUAGACGAUCAAAGCUAUUUUCAGGUUUUCAAACCCAUUAUAUCGGCUGUAAUGGAUUUCUAUAGACCCACCGCAAUUGUUCUACAAUGUGGCGCAGAUUCUUUGGCUGGCGAUCGUUUGGGAUGCUUUUCUCUGAGCACCAGGGGUCAUGGAGCCUGUGUGGAAUUUGUCAAGACAUUUAAUGUUCCUACUUUGGUUGUGGGCGGCGGCGGUUACACACUACGCAAUGUGGCAAGAUGUUGGACCCAUGAAACCUCAUUGUUGGUAGACGAACCGAUCAGCAAUGAAUUACCUAUGACUGAAUAUUUGGAAUUUUUCGCUCCUGAUUUUACUUUGCAUCCGGAUGUUAAUUCACGACAAGAAAAUGCCAAUUCAAAACAAUAUUUGGAAGCGAUUGUAAAACAUGUCUACGAAAACUUGAAGAUGUGUCAACAUUCACCCAGUGUACAAAUGGUGCAAGUACCACCCGAUGUUGUCGAUAUGGAAGAAUUGCGUAAUAUUAAGGAAGAAAAAGAAGACCCCGAUGUACGUACAACCCAGGCGGAAGAGGAUAAAAUGGUUGAGCCGAAAAAUGAAUUUUACGAUGGUGAUCAGGAUCAAGAUCGUGGAGAAAGCAAUGCUGACAGUUAAAAAG